CGGCUCGGCCGGCGGUGACGGCUCGGCCGCCAGCCCAGUGAGCGCGGCGAGGCGGGGCGAGGUCUCCCGCCGCCUCCCUCCUUCCCGCCCUCCCGCCGCCGCCUCAGCCCCAGCCCCAGCCCGCGUCUCGCCUCGCCGUGCAGCCCGCACACACCCACCCACCCGCCCGGGCUCCGCAUCCAGCCGCCGCCUCGUCUCCCAGCAUGGUCAUCAAGGUCUACAUCGCCUCCUCCUCCGGCUCCACGGCGAUUAAAAAGCAGCAACAAGAUGUGUUAGGUUUCUUGGAAGCCAACAAAAUCGAGUUUGAGGAGAAGGACAUCGCUGCCAAUGAGGAGAAUCGGAAAUGGAUGCGUGAGAACGUGCCUGAGGACAGCCGGCCGGCCAGCGGCAACCCCCUGCCCCCCCGGCUCUUCAACGACAGCCGCUACCUCGGGGACUAUGAAGCUUUCUUCGAAGCACGAGAGAACAACGCGGUCUACGCGUUUUUAGGCUUGACUGCACCCCCGGGUUCAAAGGAAGCCGAAGCACUGGCGAAGCAGCAAGCGUGAAUUUCAACUGCCUUAAACGUUCUGUAAAGGGAAUUUCCACAGCUUUUUAUAAAAUAGUACAAUUGUCUCUGCUUCAAGAAAUAUAGAUGUGAUUUCUAACAUUUGAUUGGUGCUUGCAGCGUUCACCGUACUUAAUACAGAUUUGAACACAAGAUGAAAACGUGAACAUACAGGUAGGGAGCACAGAGGGUAUUAUUACACAGUUGGAGUCUUAGGAAACUGAAGCAAUUAGACAUGAAAGAUUUCCACAUAGUUCAAACUCUUUUGGCAAUUUGUCCAUUUUGUGUAAACUUCAAUAAAUUAUUUUAGUACUAAUAAUACAGAGGGGGGUUAUACCUAGAGAUCCAACUAUUUAAAACAGGGAAAGCAAGCAACAGCGUCUAAAACCUUGUCAGAUACUUAACUUUAGUGCCUGAGUUGCCUCAAAAAUGUUACUGAAUGAGUAAUUUUUCAGUGUCUUUCCUGGUUUUGGGUGAAAUUGUAGGUGGUGGUGUGUAGCUUAGUCAUCGUGGAAGCUUUGGAGAGUUGUGUUUGUUCUUUUGUAGAAUGGAUAUUUAACAUUUGUAUUGUAACACACUGUACAGAUGAUGACAAAAAAUUGCCAUGUAUUUCUCAUUGGAUGUGAUCCGUGUGGGCUCUUUUGAUACAGAACAACAACGAAAAAGGGAUUUGGGCAAUGGACAGCCUUUGCAUUGGCAAGUUCAGCACACGGCUGCCGAAGCGCGACUCGCGCCUCCGGGACCUGUGCGCUCGCCCCCCAGCAAUGUUGCAAAGAAGCCAAACCAGCCAGAAAUGGCCUUUCCUUACCUGUGUAAGGGUGAAAGCCUUUAAUGUAUUUCUCUACAAAAAUACCAGUUCACACUGCUUACAGCAUUAGGUAUCUUAGUGCACGUUCAAGUAGCUGUUAGGUUCAUAUAGCAUUUUUUCAGAAGGAAGUACACGUUUGCAUAGCAAGAGCUGUUGUCAUUAAGCAAAGACUCUUUUGUUCUUUUAAGGUUGAAAUCUUUUCCCCCCCAUUGUUGUUGCCAUAUCGUGAAGCUAUCAUGGGAACUGCAGAUCGAUUGGUGUGUCUUGUGUUGGUGAAUUUACCAUGUGCAAUAUUAAGCUGUCUGUUCUCCCAGUGCUCCUGAGAGAGUCUUUAUUUCUUGGCCAUAUUUUGUAGAAAUACUAAGUGCCCUGAAGGAUAAGAAACAGGUUUUAAAAGUAUGUACCACAUAAUGUACUUCUUCCCCCAAAGCAUCAAAAGACAGUAAGAAGGAUAGUUAGUCCUUGCUGUAGUUUGAGGAUCACUCUGAUAGCUCUGCCCACACUUGUUUUGAUGUUGUUGGCUUUUUGGAGGUGGUGCAGAUCAGCCAAGGGCUGUGGCACAGCAUCACCACGCCGUUAGUUGAUACUGGUGCUGUAAAACGUACACAGGGCUUUUCAAACGCUGUCUGAAACAGCUCAUGGUUCUGAAGUCUGAAAUUAGGAUCAGGAGCCGUGUUAAAACUUAACAUUCUAAAGAUGCUCUCCAGUGCAGUAAUGAAAUGCUUCCCUCGCUGACAUGUCUGUGGGCUUUUGUUCUGCUCACUGCAAGGGAUGGUGGUGUCAGCAUCUGCUGAAGGAGCGAGGCAGGUGGCUGAUGAGGCCUCCUGAGCAGCUCUGCUUCCAGAGGGUUUGCAGUGAAGCACCCGUGGAUGCCUGGCCAAGCAGCAUCUGGCCUGGAGACAAAGUUGUUACCGUGACAUGUAUUUCAUGUUUUAUCUUUUCUGGUUCAUGCAUUUCUAUCUUGUCUGGUUUUUUUGGGAGCCUGGGAGUCUGUUUGAAGCUUGUGCUUAAAAAAGCAAGCCCAGUAUCAACAGGCAUAGGGAUAGGUGAAUGUUGCCUUACCUUCAAGAUGAACACAGGCAUUUGUGCUUUUUCAUCAACAUUUGGGGGAUGGUACUUAGGUUAAGUUUUAAACCCAGUGUCUUGAUUUUUGUUGUUCAUUAGGACUUCAUCUUUCUGAACUGAGGUGAUUUUUCUUUCUUAUUGUUGGUAUCAUUUUUCCUUGUUCCAGUUCAUCUUUCCCUAGUGGUCCAGUUUUUGGGAAAGUAUGUUAAGAACCCUGAGUGAAGCCUUGCAAGGGAAGUGGAAUGUGGCACGCAAGCCACUACACUCAUGCCAGUUCCCUGUGUUUCCUGGGGAGGGAAAGGAUGAUGUAAGUUUUGUGAAUUACAGUCAUUAUUUUGGAGAAGCUGUAAUGGCAGGUCACUGCCAAAUUCUGUCAGUUCAGCAACCCAAAACAUUCCAAAAUGAGGUCAAUCUCUGUUUCUGACCGUCAAGAAAAUGGCCAAGUUUAGGAAGUGGAGUCCCUUCCCUCUCCUGGUCCCCACACCACAUGUUCAGCCUGUGUCAGCAUUCCUCAGAAAGCACUUGUGAGACAGGCCAGGGGGACUGAAAAAUGCUGAGACCAUCUCUCUGUUGUGGGACCGUGUGUCAAACUCACUGUCGUUUUGAUGCCGAUACUGUGCAUGAGUUUAGGAGUGCUGGGAAUCAGUGGCCUAUGUGCUGGCUUUCUGUUUCCCAUAGCUGUGUUAAUGGUUAAUGCUGGGCACAGGAACAGAACUUGUUCAUUUCUUCUGUUUUUUAUGUUUUCUUAUGUAGAAGGCAGGCAUCAAGGAUUUAACCUGUGUAUUAACCAUUCCUGUAUCAUUCCAAUAAAAACCAUUUUAGAACGCUUUCUCA